AUUGACAGUGACAUCAAUGACAUAAGAUUAUCACAUCAUAUCGAAUGUUGACUUUUGCUCGAUUAAACUUUAAUUAUCUUAAGAAUUUCAAGCCUAUCAACACUUUAUUAAUACAGAGCAGAGCCAUGUCGGGUGCAGGAAUAUCUCCUCAAGAAGUGGAAUCACUAUGUCAAACUCCUCAUCCUUCUACCAAGGAUUUUAUGUUCCAACAAACAAUGUACCGCAUAAAAGACCCGAGGAAAUCCAUUCCCUUUUACACAGGAGUACUUGGGAUGACUUUGUUAAAACAACUUCAUUUCCCUGAAAUGAAAUUCUCUCUGUUCUUCAUGGGAUAUGAGAAUCCCGCUGAAAUACCAAAGGAUGAGAAAGCAAGAGCAGCAUGGGCUAUGACCAGGAAGGCUACGCUGGAGCUAACAUAUAACUGGGGCACAGAGAGUGACGACUCAUGUUACCACAAUGGUAACUCUGACCCCCGAGGGUUUGGUCACAUUGGUGUACUGGUUCCUGAUGUUGAUGAAGCUUGUGCCAGAUUUGAACAGCAAGGUGUGAAGUUCAUCAAGCGUCCACAAGAUGGAAAGAUGAAAGGACUUGCUUUUAUACAGGAUCCCGAUGGCUACUGGAUUGAGAUCUUCAAGGCUGACGUUGUGUCGUAAGCAGAGAUACAUUUAUGAAUAUUAUAGCACGACCAGGAAUAUAGAAAAAAAUUAUGGGAAAGACAAGAACAAGGAAAAAAAUUACCUUAAUAAUUAGAAAAAAAACAAUAAAAGCUGACUUAUUUGGAUAGGACUUAGGAAAAGAGAGAGCAGAUAGUAAUUUAAAUAAAAAUUCACAUUCACCCUUGACAGUUGACCGUUGUCAAAUUGUCAAGUUGUCAAAAUGUCAACUGUUCAUUGAUUUGGAGGAAAAAUAAUUUGAAACUUACCAGGUCAUAAAUAAAAAAAAAA